AUGGACAAUAUGACAAUUCUCAUCCUAACGUCUUUUCUCUGUGCCUCUUUCCUUAUCUACAUCCUAUUCAUCAAACGAGCCCCUAGCAAAUCUCUCAAACCCUAAGACGAGCUUGUGUUACGGAAGUUUUCUCAACCCUGAAGCUAGAUUUAACUCAGUUUCUACGCCAAAGCAAGGUUGGAGACUUAAUCCAUCAUGUCCAUGAAUAUUCCAUCAAAGGUGAGGCUAUAGAUCUCGCUAAGGCUUCCUUUACUACAGUUCUGAAAUCAAUAUCGAACAUGCUUUUCUCCAUGGAUUUUGCUUGUUAUGGUUCUGAUAAGACUCAAGAGUAUAUGAAGUUGGUGAUUGGGAUCGUGGAUGAAGCUGGAAGGGCUAAUGUUUCUGAUCUUUUUCCUGUUUUGAGCUUUCUGGAUCUGCAAGGCGUCCGUGCAAGGAUGAGAGGUUACCUUAGGAAGUUAUAUAAGAGUUUUGAUGAUAUUAUGGAAGAGAGAUUGCGUUUUAGAAGUUUGAACAAGGAGUCCAAAGAUUACAAUGAUGUGUUGGAUUCAUUUCUCGAUCUUAUGCAAGACGGUACUUCGCAGUUGAGUCGCGAUGAUAUUCUUCAUUUAUUCAUUGAUUUAUUUCUGGCGGGUGUAGACACAACAUCAAGCACCCUAGAAUGGGCAAUGGCAGAAUUAAUGCGAAACCCAAAAAAAAUGGUAAAAGCAAGAACAGAACUCCAACAAGUUCUUGAUAAAAGUACUCUGAAACUUGAAGAGUCUAUGGUCUCAAAGUUGCCUUUCCUACAAGCAGUAAUCAAAGAGACUUUACGCCUGCACCCACCAGUACCUUUCCUUAUACCCCACAAGGCAAUUUGUGAUGUAGAGUUAUGUGGCUUCUUAGUACCCAAAAAUUCACAGAUUUUAGCAAAUGUGUGGGCUAUGGGAAGAGACCCAAGCAUAUGGGAAAACCCUAAUUCAUUUAUUCCUGAAAGGUUUUUGGAAAAUGAGAUUGAUUUUAAGGCUAAUGAUUUUAACUUUAUUCCAUUUGGUGCUGGAAGGAGGAUGUGUCCCGGGUUGCCCUUGGCUUCUAGGAUACUUUCCUUUAUGUUGGCCUCUCUUCUAUAUCACUUUGACUGGAAGGUCCCAGAUGGGUUAAAGGCUGAGGACAUGGAUAUGAGUCAAAGAUAUGGCCUUACCAUGCACAAGGCUCAACCUCUAAGAGCUAUUCCUGUCAAAAUGUAGUUGCUAAUUUUGUCGCUUUCAUGAAUAAUGUUUUGUUUUUUUUUUUUUUUCAAAAGCAAGUCUCUUUAAUUUCUGCUAGUCUGCAAUCUGGAAUUUACUAAGAUGUUAUUCGAUCUAGCCUCUAUCAGCAAGGAAUAUAUUUAGAAAUA